UGCUGCAAAAAGAUAAGUCAUGAAAGGUAAAACAGACAAUAUAAAACAGGCAAAAAUGAACCAAAAGCUAGGUUUUGAUAUAAUCUAGGCAGUCAUUCAGAAGCUGGAGCUUGGAUAAAUCUUGGGGCUUAAAACUGAAUGUCAUCAGCGUAACAGUGAUAAGAGAUGUCCUUGAAGGAGCCCAUUAUAUGCUGGAGGGGGAGAAGAUAUUUUAAAAACAAUAAAGGCCCCAAGACCGAACCUUGAGGGACACCAUAAGUAAGGGAGGUAGAGGAUGACCUAAAAGCAGAAACCCCAUAGAAAAACAUCGGUGAUGUAAAUAUGAGGAGAACCACUCUAAGGCAGUUCCACAUACACCAACCCAAAGUUUUGGCCUUUCAAGCAGGAUAUGGUGGUCAACUGUGUCAAAUGCCAACGUGAGGUCUAACAUAAGCAGAACAGAGCAUUUUCCUGCAUCAUUACUCAUCAAAAUGUUGCUAGAGACCCUAAGAAGGGCUGUUUGCGUGGAGUGAACUCUACGAAAGCCGGACUGAAACGUAUCAAGAAAAGCUAUCUUUGUCCAGAGCCUCUAUAAGUUGCUUAGCCACAACCUCUUCUAGAAGCUUAGAAAUUAAUAGUAAUUUAGAGAUUGGCCUGUAACUGCUCCAAAGAGAAGGGUCUGACUGGGAUUUUUUUAAAAGUGGGAGAAUAGCAGCAUUUUUAAAAUAAACCAGAACUAUACCAGAUGCCAGUGAAAAGUUGAUUAAAGUGAGCACACAUGGACCAACAGACUGGAAGACAUUUUUGAAUAAUGAUACAGGUACAACAACAACAAGAGGAUGCUUUCACAGAAUUCACUAGUUUUACCAGCGCAGGUAGUGAAACAGGAGAGAAAGUAUCCAAGAUGAUGGUCCGAGAUGGGGUAGAGACAGACAAAACAGGUACUGAUUGUAAAAAAAAAAUCAUUCUUACAUUAUUAAUUUUUGCAAGCAGAAAAGACAGAAAAUUUUCACAAUCUUCAUUAGAGGAAAUAGGGGCUGCAGGUAGAGCAGGAGUAACAAUGGUGACUAAUGGUUGAAUAACACCUUAUGAUUACCUCUGCUCUUUGUAACCAUUUGUUAGAAAUAGGCAGCCCUCGCAUCUCUGAUAGCAUUAUUAAAAGAAGCUAAAAGAAAUUCAGUUCACAACAUGUACCUGUGCACGGUACAAGCCUGUUGCAAAAACACAUCAUAUGUUCACAUUUCUUUAGUUGACUCUAAGUAGAUUUUUAUGUCAAAGACAACACUUUGGAGAUAUAAAAUAGUAUUUGUGCACAAACAAAAUGAUUUUGCAUAAGCAAAACCGGGCAUGUGGUGCAAUUUAAAAAAAAAUAAAAUAAAAGAGGGAAAUGCACAAUCACAGGACAAAAGAAGAAGUUGCAGGCCUAAAAAAAACAUCAACAGCAGAUGAACUGUAUCUAAAAGUCCUGUCCUUAAGAAACAGGAAAGACUCUAAAAGACCUCGCACGGGACCUGAAAACUGCAUCUGGGCCUUGAGUCAAAAGUUAAAAUGAUCUCAUCAAAAGGGCGGCUGUCAAGCCAUUCUUAAGGAAGGGAAACAGGAAAAAAAAAGCCAGAUGUAUGCCAAAUUACACAAGAACUGGAGUGAAAAUCAGGGACAACAGGUUUUAUGAAGUGAUGAACCCAAACGUAACCUUUUUUAGUUGAUAUUGCAUGUGUGGAGGAGGUAAGGAAAGAGGUAGAACAGUGGGGUGUUGCAUUUCAGACAGUGGUGUUGGGGAUCUUGUCAAAACUGAGGUCACAAUUAAGGCUUUUUCCAUACAGCAGACAGGAAACAAGAGCUGAAUGUGUGGAGAGUGUGUCGUCCCCCCCGCCCCUUUUUUUCACAUAACCAAACGAAGUCACACAUCAAAAAUAAACUAUUGGAAAUGAGGUAGACAUCACCAUGCAUGUAAGAGGAAACAUGCAGAAAGCUUAUUAUCAACUUCUGGGUAGAAACUGAAAAAUUUUCAGGAAAACCCCAAUGACGUGUACCCAUGUGACUUACUUGCAAAUACGUGUGAAAACAGACACAACAUGUUUUCAGAUCAACUUUCAGUUCCUUUUAAUAUGAGGAAGACUUAACCAGUCUACCCUUUUCUGGUGCAGAGGUUUUUGAUUUUACUUCUCUUACUUAAAUAUUAUUUUCUUUUGCCAGAUUAUUGUGCAUUUUUGCAAGUUUAAUAAAUAUUUUUUUCCUCCUAGGAGCUCUCAUUUACCCAACUAACUGCACUUUCCUAUGAAUUCAUUCAAUUUUGAAUUCAUUUCAGCACACUUUGGCACUGACUGAUGAAAUAACAGCUUUAAAUGACCUGAAACAUUAGAUAAAUCACUGCAGGUUUAUGUGCAGUAGGUAAAUAAAAGGUGUGGUGCCUUUACUGUGGCUACAUUUUACUGAUAAGACAUUUUUAUGUGAGGGAAUAAGCUAAUAAGCUAAAGUUGUGGAAAAAGAUGUUCCUCUUUGUCAUAUGAUAAACUGCCCAAAAGUAGGAGGGGCUUAGGGUUUAUAGUCAGUGGUGUCAGCACUCACUUUUGACACAGUCAUCAUGAAAACUGCAGUGGCCCUCCUGGCUCUCUCUUUCCUUCAUGUCUGCUCUUCAGUACCUGUGAGUCGUCCAACAAACUGGCUCAGACAAUGCCGUGCUUCUACCAACCUCUCCAUCACAGCGCUGGAGGUGCUGCCAGGUGGAGGCUGGGACAACCUCCGGAACAUGGACAUGGGUCGAGUCAUGAACCUCAGCUACUCCCAGUGCCAGACCACUGAGGAUGGGCUCUACCUCAUUCCAGAUGAAGUGUUUGUCAUCCCCCAAAAACAGACAGGUGUGGAGACCAGCUCAGAGAUCAUCAGUUCCUGGCUUGAGCAGAAAAGCUCGACAUCUCACUCCAUUAAUGCUGACAUAUCCUUCCUCACGGUGCUCAAUGGUAAAUUUUCUGUUGAGAACACUAGAAUGAAAACCCAUCAGGUCAGAGACUCAUCAACCACAGCCAGAGUGCAGGUUCGUAACUUCCUCUACACAGUUAAGGCUUAUCCAGACUUCACUCUGGACACACGAUUUGUUCAGCAAGUCAGAAACAUCGCUGAUGCAAUUGAGAACAACCAGACGAGAAGUGCAGACUAUCUCUCGGAGAAGAUGGUGCUGGACUAUGGGACUCAUGUCAUCACUAGUGUGGAUGCUGGGGCGGCUUUGGUGCAGGAGGACUAUCUCUGUUCCUCUUAUGUGUGCCCUCCCAAGUUCAGUCAGCACCUUGCUGCAAUCAGUGAUGGCUGUGAAAUCCUCUACUGUGUUCAGUCUGGACUGUUCACAGGUGGAGAGCUCAAACCAAUUCGUCUGCCUCCAUUCACCAAACCUCCACUUAUCAGCAUGCAAGCAACCAACACAGUGAUGGUGAUGACUGAAGGAGAAAACAGCUGGGUGAGAGUGGGCCAGACCAAAAUGUGGAAACUUGCUGAACCAGAAGAAAUCCAGGAAAUUGUUCAAGGCCUUAACCCUGAACUCAGUCAAAUGUCUAAUGGAGAAAAGGCAGGUGUAGUUUUUGGUGUGAUGGGUGUGAUGCUGAUGGUGGCCAUAGUGGGAGUAGUCCUAUUCAAGCGGAGGAGGAGGAUGUCAGGGCUUAGAAGUAGAGGUUAUGAGGAAAUACGUGAAGAAGUUGAGAGGGAGUCACAGGAAGAUGAGGCUCCUGAGCAGAACACAGCUUAGAAGUUUGAUCACUCACAUAGAGAAAUGAAACCGGUGUGGCAGGUUUAGCUUUGAACUUCUCUUUUGAUUGUCUCCACAUUCAUGCUUCCUACAGCACUGGAAAAUAUUUACAUUUAAGAGCUUCUAUUUUGAAUCAGUCUUUGCAUUACUUUUGUUUAUUAUGCUCCACAUUUUGUACUUUAACCUGUAGACUAUUAACAUAUAUGCAGGGAGAAAUGACUUUGUAGCAGUCUGCCUCUGAAAUCACCAGAUGGAGCCAAAAAGGGAAAGCAGGGGUGAUUUUUAUACUAAGGCCCAAGAUGCAUAAGAUCAUGCUGUAAAAUUUUUUUUGUAAAUAUCUAAGCACUGUAUGCAUGACUUUGUUUGCAAAUACUUUCAAGAAAACAUGUAUAAUAGAUAAUCUGAGAAGGGUUUUCAUUUUUUCCACAAUAUAUUCUAUUAAACAAUCAAAGAAAAAGA